UGGACAAAGGAAACAGACACGCAGACGGUCGUGAGGACGGAGAACGUAUACAAAACUCACAAUCCUAUUGAGAGCUGCACCCAAAAUUCAGACAUGGAUUUCAAGAUGAUGACGUGUUUUGUUCUGGUGAUACUGACAGCAUGUGAUGCAAUCCCUCGAGAUUUGUCUGGUAAAAUGUUCAUUUUCCCACGGGAAGGCAACUUCCUUUAUGUCAGAAAGGCCAUUCGACAGAAUUUCCACGCUGUAACCGUAUGUCUCAGAUCUGUAACAGACCUAGCGAGAGGCCACACUCCUUUCUCUUUGUCCACAAUCUAUUCCUCCAAUGCGUUUGUGAUUUCUUGGAAUGCCGCUGAUAAGGUGAUGGAGCUCUAUGUCGACGGCAGAAAGACUGAAUAUAGAGGGCUGGACUACAAGCUAAGCGCAUGGCACUCUGUUUGUACCACAUGGAACGCUCAGUCUGGACUCCUGCAGCUGUGGUUUGAUGGACAACGUUUGAUGAAGAAAACGUCCACGUCUGGGAUAAUCCGAGGGCCUUUUGCGAUUGUUGUAGGACAGAGGGAGAAAUACUACGGGAAAGGGUACAGCAUGGAGCACUCUUUUGUGGGUCUGAUGUCUGACGUCCACAUGUGGGACUCCAUCCUCUCCGAUUGUGACAUCCAGAAGUACAUGAAUGAACUUAAAUUCCCUCCAGGGAAUGUGCUGAACUGGACGGAGAUGGACGUCGAGAUUGCAGAAGGUGUGGUGGUAGAAGAUAAAUUUACGGCUUGUACCUGAACUUUUAAAACAGUCCUAUCUUAAAACAUCAGAAAUCCUUCUCUGUGUGUUUUAUGUCCAAUGUAAAGAAGAAGUUAGCAAUGUCAACAAAUUAUAUUGAAUCACUUUCCUUUAAAGGAUUGUUCUGGAUGUUUUUAUUUUAAUUUAGCAAUCAUAUGAAACAGUUAUUUAGGUUGCUAUGAAUAUUUUAGAUGUCUAUUCUGUAUAACAUGUUGCAGUGAUCUGCUGUCCUUUCUGUGCAAACAUGUAUGUUGAUCUGAAGGUGUAAUAAAAGCAGUAGAACUGAGAUAACCAAAUCAAGCUGUUUUUGAUCGUUCGCAAUCUUCUUCAACAGACUUGUUCUACAUAGGUGUAACUUCACAGUCUGUAUGGAGAGAAGUAAAAGCAAAAGGGCAGAGUUAUGUUCAUUGUGUAAUUAAACACAAAAUAUUCAGCCAUAUAAAAGUGAACUACAUUUCUAUUUUUUUUUGUAAUGACUCUCAUGCGACACACACAGUUUGUUAUGUGUUAAAUUUGCUUCCACCAUUUCUUGCUUAAUAAUAGGUCUAUUAUUAAAGAUACAAUAAAAGGAACAAUAUUUACUCA